GAAGAUGGGGAUAUGGAGAGGAGAGGGGGAUACGGAGAGGAGGAGGAGGAUGUGGACGAGGAGGACGAGGAGGACGAGGAGGACGAGGAGGACGAGGAGGACGAGGAGGACGAGGAGGAUAGCGAGGACGAGGAGAAGGAGGAGUCAAGAUGGACGGAGGGAAAAGAGGAAGGGCAGGAGGAGGAGGACGAGUGGGAGGAGGAUGAGACAUGGACGGCGAGGAAGGGGAGGACAUGAGGAAGGGCAGGAGACGAGGAGGCGGAAGAUGAGGAAGUACGAGGAGGAAGAGGAGACAAGGAGAAUGAGGAAGGGCAGGAGGAGGAGGACGAAUAGGAGGAGGACGAGUCGGAGGAGACGGAAAGGAGAAGGGAGGAGGAGACAUAGAGGAUGAGGAAGGGGAGGAGGAGCAGGGUGAGGCAACACUCCUGUAAUUUUUUUUUCAUCCCAAUUAUAAUUUUGGUGGGGGGCCUCAAACGCACCGUUUUGACGCCGGCCUUCUUUUUUUUUUCUGAGGGGGGUUACGGGUCGUUCCCCGCACACGCCGUGCGCCCCACGGGAUC